AUGAAAAAAGGAAUAUUAAGAUUGUUGACAACUGACACCAAAAAAGAUGCCAGGCAUCAAACAGAUGGAUUUGGAGGGAAAUAUUUCCAAGAGUACAAGAAGAGUUUAAUAUCCAAAAAGCCAGAGUUUUUGACAGUUUAUCAAGAAUUUUCCAGCAAGGACUUUUACAAAAUUCCUAUUUCAAAACGAAGAAUCAAUUACCAAGCUAAACAUUUAGUUACUGUUGAUAUUCAACACCACUGGAUACAUCACGCUUCAAUGUUGAUCAGCCUAAGCCAUCAACAAACGAAAAACUCUAAUAUUUUCAAAGAAUUUGAGAAUAUUUCAAAGAGGGAGUCUGUUCAAUCCUCACUUAAAUCGUCAGAUAAUGUUGAAUCUGGACUAUACUCCACAAUCAAGCUUAACAAGAUUGUCAACAUAUCGAUUGCUUCAUCUAUAGAAAACUUUAACGAUCUUAUUAGAUCAAUGUUGAACAAUACAAGGUCUCAGAAUGACUGGAUGUUCGAAAAUACAUUUUCAUCAAAGAAAUUGGACAAAAGAUAUUUCUCCCUGUUAAACAGGAGGAAAUUUUCAACGAUUCACUUUCAAAAACUUCUUUCAUUGCUCAAAGGAGAUCCUUCACUCCAGCACAACACAACAAGAUUGGUAGGAAUUGUUUCAAACUAUAAAAAGUUGGACACUAUUCAAUCAGCAAGGAUAUUAUUGAAUCAUCUCGUUGAAGGCUUGCACAAGCUCAACAAGCUAACCGGAGCCGAAUAUCUCUCAACCAAAACCUAUUUGGAAAUCAUUCAACAAUUAGUUGCAACGACAAGAAACGAAAAUAUCCAAAAUGAUCUUAUAGCUAUAUCAUCAAUAGAGCCAGUUCUUGCAAACAAUUACAUCUACUCAUCCAUUAAUAUUCAAAGACCUAGCUCAAAUGUUUAUUCAUUUAUUAAACAUUUAAAAAACCAUGGAUUGAAGUUUAUAUCACAUAACAUUACAUCUGAAUCAAAUUCAAAUGUAAAAAGAAACGCUUACCUAGCAUUUGCAGACCUUGCACAUAGACUGCAAGAUAAGACUCUUAAAGAUACUAUUGUAAGAGAAAUUUUGGACAGUAUAGAAAAUGCAGAAUCGAAAGAAGACAUCGAGACCCACUUUCAUGCUCUAAACAAUGCCGGUGAAGCAGUAGAUCCCUAUCUGUUAUACGCAAUAUGGGCUUCUGACAAGAUUCCAGAAUAUUUCAAAAUUCUAUUAACAAAGAAUAUAAGAAAGAGGAUAAAAGAUGACCCAACCUUAGAUAGAAUUAUUCUUAAGAUUUUGAGGAGUGAGGAUGAAAAUUUCUCUCCAAAUUUAAAAUCAAACUUGAUUGAAUCCCAGGGAGAAAGAGAGUAUAUAUUGAAUACAUGGUCGUUGGUGAAACCAUUAGCAAGAAUUUACAAAGUUGUGAGAGAUGAGGGCAUCAAGAGUACAAUACGAAAGUACAUGUACAAUGCAGGAACUGAUAAUUCAGCAAAAUAUCUUUCAAAGAUGCUAAACAAGAAACAGAGGCAUAAUAGGAAAAUCAAAGGCAAUGAUUAUAGAAAGUUUGGGCUCUCCAAUGAAGAUUUGGAUAUUUUGAAUCAAGUUGAAACAAGGAAUGCCUUAUUUAUUGGCGGAUUCAUGAGAAGGAUUCAAGACACCCUCUCGAAAGGAAAGGAAAAGAUGACCCUCUUUGUAAACAAAUCCCUCAAGGAAGGGAUUCAAAAAGCAUCUAAUUGGGUUGAAACCAAAGCUGCAGGAGCUCUCUCCAAAAUUACAAAACUUGUUGGAGAUUUGAAAUCCAAAUUUGCUUCCCCAGCAACAAUACGAGAUGAGAAGGCUUGCAUUCAAGUGAGUGAAAAUAUCAAUGACACUGUUUGCUUCUACAAUACUGACAUGAUUUCUUUCUUUCAAAAACAAGGAAAUUUAUCCAAUAUGAAAUUCUCCAAACAUUUUGAAUUUGAAAAGAUUGCUGGCCCAAAGGCUGUCAAUCUCUAUUGUGGAAUGGCCAUUUAUAGUGGAGCCUCAUUUGACUGCAAUGCAGAUAAGAGUUAUUUUGAUUUUGUUCUCAUUGCAAGAGCAGCCUUUGAAGCAAGUGCUCUACAACGAAAGUUUUCACUAUUAGAAUUGAGUGCAGAGCUCACCAAAAGACCACAUAAACCAGUUAGGGACAAUAUUUAUCUAAGAAUUGCUCAGACAACAUUUGUCAAUACAGGUUUUGUUCCAGAGCAAGUGAAAAAGUUUAUUUCCCUUUGUUUGAGUGAAACUAAACCAAUAUUUGAAAAGACGUUUCCAGUCAUUGCAACGCAUGAACAAAUGGUAAAUAUAGGACCAGUACCAUUGACUUUUCAUAUUUCACUCUCAAUGCGUGUUGCAGUAGAGUUGGUUUAUGGUCUGUGUGUUGAACGAUUGGAAGCAGCCACGUCUUUGGAGCCAUAUGUAUCAGUUUCAUUGACUGGUGGAGCAGCUAUUGGAAUACCAGUAGCAAGAGCAGGGAUGUAUAUUCGAUCUACUCUCACAUAUCGACUUGUACCAAGAUUGGCUUUUGAGAAGUGUAAUAUCUGUGCCAGCUUACAACACAAGGUUGAUAGCUUGGAAUUUCAAAUAGGGUUGAGUGCAAAAGUUUUAACUUUUGACAAGUAUUGGAAAUUCUAUGGUAAAACAACAAGACCCUAUAUCAAAACAAUCUUUGAAAAAUGUAUACCUCUAUUUGGUUCACCUACUGUUUCCAUUAAGAGCAAGGAUACCACCUUUGAUUUGAAGUCCAAUGAGGAAACUGGAAGUAACUCUCAAUCACUUUCAAAUGAAGAAUACUCAACUCAACAAGUUGAUGUGAAAACCAUCAACACAGAGGAUGAAACCAAUACCAAAUCAAAAGAAUCAAUCUCUUCAUACAAACCCCUAUUUGGGUCAAAUCCAAUGAAACUUCCAGAAAUGAAGUUACCAACAGAGAGUAAGGAAAGUCUCAAACCUCCCCCAACAGAACAGCCAGAAUUGGAAUGGAAAUUAGAAUUUCUAUCUCAACAAGUGCCUCAUAAAAUCAUACAAAGAUUUGGAUUGGAAAACUUGAGAAGACUUCCCUCAAAUUAUUUCCAAUUGACUGAAGAAGAAAGAGAAAAUAUUCCCUAUGAAGUUUACUACCUCCCAAAGAGUGACUUUUCCAAUUUCAUAUCUAAAUUCAGUCCCACAAGCAUGUUAAGGAACUCGGCAAUAUCACCUCUCUCGUUUGAAAGAUUAUGGAGAAGAGAAGUAUUGGAAGGGAGAUUCCCAAUUCAAGUGUUGAAACAAAUUCCCUUAAAAGAUUUGAGAAGUCUCCCAGAACCAAUCAUUCGUUUAAGAAAAAGGAUUUUGCAAGAAAUUCCUCUCCAGCUCUUCAAAGAAGGAUAUCAACAAAUUAAAAGUUGGAUAUGCUCAAAGUACUACCACUUAUGUAAUGAGCUUGACACCUUGAUAGUGAUGAGAAGUGAAUAA